AUGUCACGUCCAGAGGCUGCUGUCUCAGCCUCCACAUUAGCAAGCAAGGUCGAGGAGGCCAACAACACAGCAAGCCAACAGCAGCCAGCUUUAUCGACACCACCGACAUCUUCAGCUCCUUUGCCAACUCCACCCACCUCUCACAACCACUUUGGUCCGCCACCAAAUCCGGUCGCAUCUUCAUCCCCUCUCGCCACGGAUGAACGGCUUCCAGACGCCAGCCCCACCACCACCGUCUCUGAUAACAUGGCACCUCGUCGUGCUGCCGCUCGUCUCAGCGCUGGCAGCUCCUCUUUUGCAGACCACUCCUUUGCAGACCACUCCUUCUCAUCCCAACGCAGGCUCAGCAGACGUUCCAGCAUCGAUCACAAUGACCAACGCACCUUUGCUGCAGAGCGUCCUCUCGAUCGAACCUCUUACCGUUCCUGUACCACCCAUUCCCCAACUCACUCGCCGGCUCCAUCUCCCACUCCUUCACCCAUCUUGGGUCCUGUCUUUUCAGACCUUGCUCCUCUCUCCUCCUCCUCGAGACUAGACCGAGACGAUGAUGAUGACGACGACGCCGAUCACCAUGAUCUUCUCAAGCUUGGCCAUCUUUCCUUUCCCAUGCUCGGCGUCGCUGUCGGUCCAACAAAGCACGAGAUCCAAAUGCUUGUCUACGGCUCUACAUCUGCCAAUGCCGACUCGACCGACCUUCCAUCGCCCUCAGAAGAAUCAGGUAGCGUCGAAAGCAUCCUUGGCUCCCUCGCCAACAUGGGUAUCGAUCCAGCUACCGAGACCUCUGCCAGCGAAAGGGAACAUCAACUUGCCGGUAUGGUCAAGUUGCUCGCCUCUCGCUGCAAUACACUUGCACAGUCGCGCGAUCGAGCCCAGUCUCAGCUCAAGUCGACCCGUCUCACUGCCCUUUCGGUGAUCUCUUCUAUCAAGCAAGCCCACGCCCAUGCUCUCGCUGCCCAUCGCAACACCACUGAUCGUCUUGAGGCUGAGUUGGAUGGCUGGAAGGCUCAGGCCAAGAUGCUUAGCGCUUUGCUCAACAGGGCUGAAGCUCGAGCCUUUGAUGAGAGGCGCUCUAUCUCCUCCAGCUCUGCCCCUCUUGUCGCCUUUACAGACAAGGCCAAAGCAGCUGCAUCUAGCACUUCUCCUAGCAGCAAUCGUCUUGCUUCUUUCAACAGUCAAGCUGCCGCUUCCAACGCCGAUUCCAAUCAGCCUCUUCUCAGCAGUCCCAGCUUCCUCUCUUCCGCAAACGAGAAUGGCCCAUCAGAUAGAUCGCCAGGUACAACAGGCCUUGGUAUCACCACCUCCAGCCUUGCCGAGGUCGACACGGAUCUUUCGCCGACUGCAUCGCUCAUUCGCCAGAGGAACAAGCUCAUCACUGAUAAAAAGCAUCUCAAAUCCCGCGUCAGGGAUGCAGAAGCUCAGAUUUAUAGACUCGAGAACGAGCUCAAGGCUCUCCGACCUUACCUUGUCUCUGGUGCGAUCAAGGCGGCAGACUUAGCUGCUGAGCCCAUCGCAAGCCAGACUCCUGGUGCACUCAGCCAGCCUGGCACCGCACCCACCACGCCGAGUAGUCGCAGCGACAAAAACCGAAAGAAGCGCAACGCCACCAUGGGUGAUGCAGAGACCGAACACCUCAUGCUGGCUGCUCGACGCUUGCGCGAGUUGCGCAAGGAACAGGCAGCUGCAGCCGCCGCUGUCACAUCCGGUUCAGCUGCCCAUUCGAGCUCUCUGACUGCCUCUCAGGACAGCGCCAAGCAGGCCUCCAACGGUACCGCCCUUGCUCCUGCUCCUCAGCUGUCCGCUUCGUCAGCGAUGCAUGCUUCUCCCGUCAAGCGACAAGCCAGCCCAGGUCCCAUGACUGGCGAAAGAGAUGCUCCUUACGGCGCCCAACCUCGCACUCCACCGUCUAGAUCUGCUGAGCGACCACCCAAGGCUCCGAAAUCGAUCGCCAGCAACCAGCACACCCCUCGCACUGGCCUUCGUGCACGUGAGCUCGACCAACUGGCCCGAGGUGACGACAGACGCGACAGCUGGUCCGGUCGACAUCGAAGGCUCGACUCAGCUUCGUCCUUCACCGGCAUCGACGAGCUUCUGCAGGCCGCCGAGACGCUCAACCCUAGCACUACCGCUCCUUCGCCAACCAGGGGUCCCGCACCUCCCUUGCCACCUCCCUUGCCACCUCCCGCUGGCGACCCGACUUACUACCCGCGCGAGCUUCCUCAUCGUGGAAUCAACUACCCUCCACCGCUCUCUGUCACAACUCAGCGCGGUCCAUUUGAAUACGACUCAUACGGCUACAGCGCUGGUCCUUUCCCCAUCCAAUCUAGCCCUCUCCGCAUGGUUCAUGAAAGUCCUAAACGUCGCCGCGUCUCUUGUGCCGCUUUUGACUUUGAAGCCUACGACUCGCCUUUCCUUGGCGAUCGUCAGCCGCGCAAUCGAACACAAACCGAAGGUGCCGACCCCUUGAUGCAAGGCUGUGCUCCCUACUACGACCAUGUACCCAGCGGACCACUCAGUGCUGGUGGGAGUCAAACUCUCAGUGCUCUAGAUGUGCUAGCAGACCAAGCCACCGCCUCCCAAAACCCUUCGCAAGGAAGCGACAAGUCAGGAGAAUACGAAGGUGUAAGCCCCAUCGGCAGUCUCAGUAGUGAAGAUGAGAUGAUGAUCCAUGGUGAUUCUCGACGCAAAUCCCGUCUGGUCUCUUCACGCAAUCCUGAUGGUUCUCGAAGUUGCAAAACGAACGGAUCUCAAGGUUCUCGCAAUGGCGAAAGCAAAUCCUUCGGUGGUAAUCAAAAUCCUGAAAAGCGUCUUCCCUAUGUCCGAUGGACUGCGGAAGAAGACACCAAACUCCGCGCGGCAAUCAAAGAGCAUGGACAACGAUGGGAACUUAUCUCUCGUGCCGUUGGUACUAGAUCUUACCAUCAGUGUCGACAAAGAUACUUGUUGAUGCGGAGGAAAGAAGCGGCUGCGAAGGCUUCACAGAAUGAAGAUGGAGGGCAGGCACUUUCUGCGUCUGCUUCCGAUCAAGGUCAAUCACAGGAUUCGGAUUAUGGUCGGGAUGCACCACAUUCUACGAGUUUGAACAGCAAAAGUGGAUCGCACGGGAGAAGAACCUCAAGUGGUGGUGGGAGGGAAAGAGAAAAAGGGUUUGGUCAGGAAGGAGUUACGUCGACUCCACUGCACAAGCUUUCGAUUGGUGCACCUGCUCCGGCGGGAAGCGUUUAUGGUCAAUUCUCACCAACCACAAGACAGCAGGAUGUUUUGGGACCAGCAUCUAGUCAGACUCCAACGCAUAACAGAAUUUUAUCCCAUCCGGGACCGGGAGCUUUGUCUCCUUCGAUGCAACCUAGUUCGCCAUUCUCCUCACAAACUCCUUCUGCGGUUAGGAGAGGACAUUAUCCUCCACCAUCACCCUUGAAUGCUUCGAGUAGACAACUUCCGCCGUUGCAACCGCAGAGUUUAGGCUAUGUUUCGCAUGGUCCACCCAGCUCACCUUAUGCUAGUGCUGAGAGAGGCCAUGGAAGACAAUUUUCGGGUGGUGAUGCAUCACUUUCCCACCGCCACCACCAACAACAGCAACAGCAAGGUCGAGGUGGAGCAGGUUCUUCUCAUCCACCUACCUCGCCCACUACUCCGACUUGCACAGAGGCCAGACGAAUGGGUGCUGCACUAUACUCGUAA